GGAGGAGGAGGAGGCGGCGCGCGCCGCCGGGCGGCCUGAGAGCGCGCGCCCCCUGCGGGCGCCAGCGGGGCGGCGCAGCCCCCAUGGAGCGGGUGAGCGAGGCCGCCGCUUGCGGCCCCUCGUCGGGCUGCUACACGUACCAGGUGAGCCGGCACAGCGCCGACAUGCUGCACAGCCUCAACCAGCAGCGCAAGAACGGCGGCCGCUUCUGCGACGUGCUCCUGCGAGUGGGCGACGAGAGCUUCCCGGCGCACCGGGCGGUGCUGGCCGCUUGCAGCGAGUACUUCGAGUCGGUGUUCAGCGCGCAGCUGGGCGACGGCGCAGGUGGCGGCGGCGCGGAGGGGGCCGCGACGGAGGCAGCGGCGGCCGGCGGUGCGGCGGCCGGCGGGACCCCCGGGGGCGGGCGGGAGCUGGAGAUGCACACCAUCAGCUCCAAGGUAUUCGGAGACAUCCUGGACUUCGCCUACACGUCGCGCAUCGUGGUGCGGCUGGAGAGCUUCCCAGAGCUCAUGACGGCCGCCAAGUUCCUGCUGAUGCGCUCUGUGAUUGACAUCUGCCAGGAGGUCAUCAAGCAGUCCAAUGUGCAGCUCCUCGUGCCCCCUGCACGCCCCGACAUCAUGCUCUUCCGUCCGGGGGCUGCUGACCUCGGCUUCCCUCUUGACAUGACCAACGGUGCCACUUUGGCACCCAAUGGCAAUGGCAUUGCUGGCAUGCCUGAAGACGAGGCCACGCGGGCUGCGCUCACUGCUGCGCAGUCUUCCCUACCUGUUCUCCAGGGCGUGGACCGCCUGCCCAUGGUGGCAGGACCUCUGUCCCCACCGCUGCUGGCCUCACCUUUCCAGAACGUUGCUGCUAGUGCCCCUACUUUAAGCACCAAGAGGGGCAGAGGGCGACCCCGUAAAGCCAAUCUCUUGGACUCCAUGAUGUUUGGUACCCCAGGGGGGCUGCGAGAGGCUGGUAUUCUGCCUUGCGGUCUCUGCGGGAAAGUAUUUACGGAUGCUAAUCGUCUUCGUCAGCAUGAAGCUCAACAUGGGGUGACAAGCUUACAGCUGGGCUACAUAGACAUCCCACCCCCAAGACUGGGUGAAAAUGGUGUCCCUGGUCAGGAUGACCCCGAUGCUCCCCGAAAAAGAAGCAGGACAAGGAAACAGGUGGCAUGUGAAAUCUGUGGCAAGAUUUUUCGGGAUGUGUACCACCUGAAUCGGCACAAGCUGUCUCACUCUGGCGAGAAGCCUUACUCGUGUCCAGUGUGUGGCUUACGGUUCAAGCGGAAAGACAGGAUGUCCUAUCAUGUUCGAUCUCACGAUGGCUCUGUGGGAAAGCCCUAUAUCUGCCAGAGCUGUGGAAAAGGCUUUUCCAGGCCAGACCACUUGAAUGGACACAUCAAACAGGUGCAUACCUCAGAGAGACCUCACAAGUGUCAGCAGGAAAAUGGCAGCCACCAUGGAAUAAGCUCAGAGACAUCCACAUCCAUAGAAAAGUUGAACCUUCAAGAGACUUGUAAUGCUUCCUUUGCCACUCGUGACCGACUGCGCUCACACCUAGCAUGUCAUGAAGACAAAGUUCCAUGCCAGGUGUGUGGGAAGUACUUGAGAGCAGCAUAUAUGGCAGAUCAUUUGAAGAAACAUAGUGAAGGACCAAGCAAUUUCUGCACUAUCUGUAACCGAGGUUUCUCCUCUGCCUCCUACUUAAAGGUCCAUGUUAAAACCCACCACGGUGUUCCCCUUCCCCAGGUCUCCAGGCACCAGGAGUCCAUCCCGAAUGGGGGAGCAGCGUUCCACUGCGUCAGGACCUAUGGCAUCAAAGAAGGCCAGAAAUGUUCACAUUCGGACCCGAUUGAGAGUUCUGAUUCAUAUGGAGACCUCUCUGACACCAGUGACCUCAAGACUCCUGAGAAACAGAGCACCAAUGGGUCCUUCUCGUGUGACAUGGCAGUCAGCAAAAACAAAAUGGAGACAGAAGGAGAGAAGAAGUACCCUUGCCCUGAGUGUGGCAGCUUUUUCAGAUCAAAGUCUUAUCUGAACAAACACAUACAGAAAGUUCACGUCAGGGCCCUCAGUGGCCCACUUGGGGACCUCGGUCCUGCUUUAGGAUCCCCCUUUUCACCCCAACAGAACAUGUCUCUCCUGGAGUCAUUUGGGUUUCAGAUCGUCCAGUCAGCAUUUGCAUCAUCCCUAGUGGAUCCAGAGGUCGACCAGCAACCAAUGGGGCCAGAGGGGAAAUGAGAUCAGUUUGAUCUUAAAGCAAAGCAGCAGUCUGGCUAUAAUGAUAAGAUGCUGUGAAUGAAAGAUGAAAUAAUGAAAUUUGGUUCUGUAGCUGAGAAUUUUUUAUUCAUAUUAGCUUCCCCUUUUAUCUCAUGCCCUACCCCACCUUUAAACCUUCACUGGGGAGAGGAAGAAAAUGCUUCUUAGCUGAUAAAAUACAGAAGAUGGUGACCUUAAACGGAAGACAUGACCUAAAACACCAAAUGGAGCUUUAGAGGCUGCUGCUGGUUUUUAGUUGUGAUCUUCUAGAAUAAAUGUUACCAGCACUGGUCUGAGACUUAGACAGUCCUAGUGACCGAGGCACCUGGGGAGCUACAGCUACAGGGAGCUAUGAUUUUGUUCUUUCUCUAUUCCCCACCUUCCCUAACCUACCCCAGAAAAACAGUAAGUUUUAAAACCAGACCCAUUAUUGAAUAUAACAGUAAGUAAAAUGCCCCAUGGUACCUACCAGGGUACAAUGCAGUUGUCCUUUGAAAAAACAGAAAAUCUUAAAGAAGGUGCAAGAAUUUGAACCCCUUCUACCAUUUGUGAGGCUGUGAGUGCUGCAGCAGAACUGAACUGCUGAGAAAAACCACCAUUUGGAACAGGUUGUUUUUGUUACUUUUGACCAUUAAACUUGCUGUCAGUUUUUUAAUUCUCUAUUAUUAUUAUUUUAGGACCUGUUGUAGUGAAUUGCUACUGAAAAGCCAGUCUAAGGCGAGACACAGAGCACUCUUAAAGCAGCAGUCACAUUAGGGUUAGUAUUAAUUUUUUUUUUUAGAUGUACCAUAAUGAAUAACUUGGCUAGUUGGUUGUUUUAAGUCUAUGAAAGAAAUAGUUUUAUGAAAAAAAAAAAAAGAUAAAAAAAGAAAAGGAAGGAAAAAUACCAUUGCAGUCUGGUUGACUGGUGCUCAUUUUUCAUGUGGGGACCUAGGGUAUAAACACGAUGAGCUAUCGGGUUAACACUAUGUACCACUGACUUGUUUAGUGUGAAUAAACCCAGGGGUUCACAGAGUGAUUUUGGUUUAAUUGGAUUGGACUCUAUUAAAGAAGUUAGUAUGUUACUUUGCA